GUCACCACCCCUUCCUCCCUGAAGAGCGUUUCAAAAUCUGAAAGGAGAGGCAGCAGGAUGCAGAAAGCAUUUUACCGUACUGAACAAGAACAAACCGUUUUGACAACGAAAUAAAAAUUAAAGUAGGCCAACCGUGACACGCAACCCCAAAACAAGAAGUUUAAUCAUCAAGUUUCGUUAUGUUUUUUUAUUUAGAAAAAAUACCAAAGACGGAACGUUGUUGGGAAACUUUGUAGCGGGCUCCCUAAAACACGACCAGAGAGGAGGAAUAGGCAUCCUCCUAGUCAGUGGAGUUGCUGUGGGGCAGGGUGCUGUCCUAUGGGAUGGAUGACGGCCAGCAGGAUCAGUACGAGGAGCGUCUGAAGGAGGUAUUUGAGACUUUUGACACCAGCGGAGCCGGGUUGCUGUGCCCCGAGGAGCUAUCCAGCCUGUGCCAGGCCCUGCACCUGGAGGAUGCCACCCCAACACUGCUACAUGCCCUGCUGCAGAACCAGGACCCACUCACUGACGGGGUUGAUUUUGACCAGUUCAAGAAUGCUUUAAUUCUGGUGUUGUCAACGACGACAGCAGUAGCAACGUCCAGUCAGGAGACAACAUGUGCACCGCCACAGCCGGACUCGCCAGUCCAAGCUAAGUUUGUGCGGGGUAGUAAACGCUAUGGCCGGCGCUCUACACCAGAGUUCAUCGAGACCAUCGCAGACUUCUCAGAGGGGGUGAGCUCAGAGGCUACAGGGCAGCAGGAGCCAGAGAACCAUGACUCCACCGUACCGACGAAACGUGAGCGCUGGAACGCUCAUGAAAGCAGUACGGACGAGUUCGAGGCAGAUGGCCAGCUGCACCUGUGGAACCCUGAUGACCCCUCCACCCCGCGGGGCUCCACAGUGCCCCUGUCAGAUCGCCUGGAGGAGAGGUUACGACAGGCCUGUGAGGAGCUGGCUAUGCCCUGGGAUGGAUGUGCCAGCCACCAUGAGCUACUGGCUCUCUGUGACCACCUGGGCCUGGAGGUGACGGAAGAUGUCCUCCAGGUUCUAAGUGGUGAUGAGGUCAUGAGCGUUCAGGCGUUUACUUCCUGGGUUCUGAACCAAGCCAAGCCCCCCACCCCGUCUGCCUCCACACCUUACAGACAGCUGAAAAGACUACACUCCUCACAGCCGUUUGAUGAGACGGGGCGUAGGACCAGCUGUAUGACCAGCUCCAUCAGGAUGUGUCUGUUCUCCACUCUGGACGAUGGGACAGGGUCCACUCUUGCCGAGGAUGUCCUGGAUGCCUGGAUGGAGGAGGGCAUCGAGAACAGCCCUGAGAUACUACAGGCUUUGGAUUUUGACCUGGAGGGUAAAGUGAACCUCAGGGAGCUGACUGUGGCUCUGGAGAACAAGCUCCUCGUCACUAAGAAUGGGAUCCACCAGGCUGCACUGGCCAGCUUCAAGGCUGAGAUCAGAUACCUACUCGAGCGUGUUGAUCAUGAACGCAGAGAGAAAGAGAAGAUUCGCUCUGACCUGGACAAAGCCGACAAGUUAAAAACCCAGCUGGCUGCUGAGGUGGACGAGCAUCACUCUGCCAUCGAACGCAUGAAUGACCUCAACCUCAGGAAGCUGGAGCAGGAACACAGGGAGAAGCUGGUGUCUGUCAGGUCAGAGCUCAUUAAAGAGAUGGACCAGAUUCAGCAGCAGAAAGAGAAACUGGAGGCAGAGAUGGAGAAGAUCAGAGACGACGAGACCUUCCUCAGAGAUCACCUCUCACUCACUGUCAAGGAAAGUAGGUGUCUGGAGAUGGAGCUGCUGGUCAGCACUGAGAAACUGUUGGCGGCAGAAAGCCAAGUCCGCGAACUGCAGAGGAACCUGGAUAACAUCCUGAAGGAGAAGUUUGGGGAUCUGGACCCGGGCAGUGCAGAGUUCUUCCUACAGGAGGAGCGUCUCGGACGGCUCCGCAGCAGCUAUGAGGAACAGUGCCGGGAGCUACAGGAUCGUAUUGACGAGCUUCAAGCAGAACUGCAGGAGUACCACAACUUGGGCCGAACCUCUCAGCCCUGUCUCAAACCCUCGCUCUCUGAGGAGCUGGGGAGUACGAGUCCUGGCAUGGAGUCAGACCCAGGCCUGGGCUUGGAGGAGGGCCAGCCAUUGUUCAACAUGAGUCUGGAGGCAGAGAUGAUGCUGGAGAGGCUGAAAGAGAAGCACCUCCGAGAGAUGGAGGAGCUACAGGCUCAGCUGGAGAGCAAGGUGAGUGAAUUUGACCAGAAGGUGGAGGAGCAGAAGACGGACCUGGAGACCCAGAAGGCAGCCUUGUCUCUGCACUACAUGGAGGAGAUCCAGGCUCUACAUGGUGAGAUGUCCAGCAGCCAGAACAGAGCCCUGGAGCUCCAGGCCCAGCUAGAGCAGGCAGAGGAGGAGCGGGCUGGCUUGGAGCAGAGGCAGGCUGGGGAGAUGGAAGAGCUGGAGCAACAGCAAGAGGAAGAAGUGAGCAGACUGGAGCAGCAGCUCCUAGAGUCCCGCACCCAGGCUGCCUCCCUGGAGGAGCAGCUCCUAGAGGCCCACACCCAGGCUGCCUCCCUGGAGGAGCAGCUCCUAGAGGCCCGCACCCAGGCUGCCUCCCUGGAGGAGCAGCUCCUAGAGGCCCGCACCCAGGCUGCCUCCCUGGAGCAGCAGCUCCUAGAGGCCCGCACCCAGGCUGCCUCCCUGGAGCAGCAGCUCCUAGAGGCCCACACCCAGGCUGCCUCCCUGGGGGAGCAGCUCCUAAAGGCACACACCCAGGCUGCCUCCUUGGAGGAGCAGCUCCUAGAGGCCCAACAGGCGAAAGGUGAGUUGAGCCUGGACACAGAGAUGCAGGAGCUAAGGAAACUACAUGCUGCGGAACUCAACAAGCUGGACGAGGAGCACAAAGAGAUCCUUUUGACCAGGAUGGAAGAAGAGCGGGGGAAGCUACAGGAGGAGAGAGCGGAGGUGGAGAUGAGGCUGUUGGAGGAGUGGGAGAGGGAGAAGCUGGAGUUGCAGCAGAGCCACGAGGAGACAGUGAAGGUUGAGAUAGAGGAGGUGGAGAUGAGACUCAUGGAGGAGUGGGAGAGGGAGAAGGCUCAGUUGAACAAGCAGAGUAACGAGUCGCUGCAGACCAUGUUAGAGGAGGCGAUGUUACGACUAGUCAAGGAGCAGCAGAACAGGGAGGCCAGGCUCACUGAGCAGUGGGAGCUGGAACGAGCUCGGCUUCAGCAGUGUCGUGAGGCGGCUCUCCUCACCAGGUUGGCCGAGGAGCGCCUGAAGCAGCAGGAGGAAACUGAGAGGAGGCUGAGGGAGGACUGGGACAGGGAGAGACUCCAGCUGGAGGAGGAAUAUGAGGGGGUGUUUCAGGAGCGGCUGCAGGAGGAGAGGCAGAGCCUAAAGGAGGCCCACAGACGGGCCAUGCAGGAACUGAGUGCCAAACACCAUGAGGAGAGGGAACAGCUCAGCAGUCUACUGGAUAAACUGCGGGAAGACAUCGCUGAGAAGAGGUGUGAGGUGGGUCGCCUAGUAGAGGAGAACCUUUUACUCACACAGAAGAUGUCAACGCUGAAGGAAGAGUACCUGAAAGACAGCCAGAAGGAGAUGCUCUUCAAACUGGAGCAUUUCAGGAAGGAGAAGAUUUCUGCGCAAAAGAAGGCAGAGAGUUUCAAGAGACAGAUCUCAGUGCUUCGUCUCCGCAGUCAGCAGCUGGAGGAUGAGAAUGGGCUGCUGUCGGAGAAGAACGCCCAGAAUGCAGCAGGAGUGGAGGGGUUGAGCCAACAGCUGGGGGAACUGCUCAGACAGAGUGAGAGACAGGAAGCUGUCAGAGACCAGCAACGUACUGUACCGGAGGAUGAGAGGAUGAAGAUGGCAGUGUGUGUGUCUGCCCUGGAGGCGGAGCUAACCAACGCUGUGGAAGGGACUGUACUACUAAAGGAGGGCAAGGCCCAGCUGGUGCUACAACUCAAUACCCUCAGAGAUAAGGUAGCUAAGAUGGGGGCUGUAGAGUGCCGGCUCUCCUCCCUCCUGCAGGAGCGCAAGGCUUUGGAAAAACAAACCCAGGGAUUACGCAACCAGCUAGCCAAGUCUCAGGAGAGAAACCAGGUGUUGGAGGAAAGCCUGCAGUCUGUUGAGCUCCAGAGCGCCCGUCUCAAGUCAGACCUCCGCGUGUCACAGCAAGAGAAGGACGCCCUCAAACAGGAAGUGAUGUCACUGCACAAACAGCUGCAGAACGGCAAUGACAAGAACCAGGUUCUGGAGAUGGCCCUGCACUCCAGCGGAUACCAGAGCCAGCAAAAGAAGCUGUACCAGGAUGAGCUGGCCAGGCUGGUGGAACAGGAACAGCAGCAGCUGAGGCAGGAGAACGAGAGGCUGACCAUGGAGCUCCACCACACCAGGGAAAAGCUGGAGGCAGCCAUCUUAACCGCGAAACAGCAGGGCCAGUCCAGCGUGGGGAAGACUGUGGAACAGGAGAAGACUGCUCUGAAGAGAGAGCUGGACGUGAUGCAUCAGGAGCUACUCUCUGCUCAGAACAAGGUGUGUGAGGUUCAGCGAGAGCUGGACAGUCUACGUCAGGAGAAUGAGGGGCUGAAGACCCAACAGGCUCCACUACAGGCCUGGCUUCUGGAGGCCCAGCUGGGUGGUCUGUUGCCCCCCUCCCCUCGCAGGAUGCCUGGUGAGUGGAGAGGACAACACUGCGAGAACGACCACAACCCAGAGAACAUACAGGGUGGUGCUGCAAUGCCAGAACAGAGGGCCGCUCAUGCCGACAGCUACCGGAGGAUCGGUGGACUCUGACUGACAGCAGCUUGGCAGUUUCAAACAUCCCCUAGUCUGGGUUCCUUACUUUCCGUCUGUCCUCCUCACCUAACUCCAGCCCCACCUGAUUCUCCAAGACUCAUCUCCCCUUAAUUCCCCUUACCUGGUCGUUUCUAACUCCCUCCAAGCCUGUCCUCCUCACCUAACUCCAGCCCCACCUGAUUCUCCAAGACUCAUCUCCCCUUAAUUCCCCUUACCUGGUCGUUUCUAACUCCCUCCAAACCUGUCCUCCUCACCUAACCCCAGCCCAACCUAAUCCUCCAGGAAUUCCCUGAAUUUCCCCAUAUCCCACUUCGUUUGUUACUCUGCCUUCCGUCCUUAUAGGAGAUGACCAGUGAUCUGAAUGGGGUGUUAGAUACAGCUCAGUGUAAGGGGGUGUGUAAUGAGUGUAUGCAUCCACUAGGUGGCGUAUGAGAGUAAAACAGGCUAGUCUUUUGUUAUUUUCCUCAAAUCAAAGUGCUUUCUUAAACUCUUAACAGUAUGUGAACUGUUGAGUCAAAGGUUCAUGAAAUAUGCUCUGAUUGCAGUAGAUUCCUUGUUCCAACAAUGUAUUAUGUGAAAUAUUUUUCACUGUAUUUCAUAUUGAUAUUUUUUUUUGCACUUAACCCACAUCACCAAUGUCAACUGAUUUUUGUUUAUCUUUGUCACAUAGGAUUUUAAUAAACUUUUGUUGGUGAACAUGCUCACCUCUCACUACAGGUACGAGUAUAUCUAAAAGUACUGUGGUUUAUUGUGAAACUGGACCUGUUUAGUACCAACAGUAUUGAACUGGACCUGUUUAGUACCAACAGUAUUGAACUGGACCUGUUUAGUACCAACAGUAUUGAACUGGACCUGUUUAGUACCAACAGUAUUGAACUGGACCUGUUUAGUACCAACAGUAUUGAACUGGACCUGUUUAGUACCAACAGUAUUGAACUGGAAAGGACCAACAACAGUUUUGAUUGUAAAACAAAUGUACAUAUUUUUUCAUGAUAUUUAUCAGAGAGCUUUGAUUCAUGUUGCAACCAUGUUAUAGUAUUGUCGCUAUGGUUCCUCGGGAUCUUUUGAUUGUCCAGACUGAACUAAUAAGAUCCAGGUGGUAUCAGGGUCUUCUAGAUCAUGUCAAACCACCAGUUUUAUUCUCUAUUGCUCUGUGUGCUUCUGUUUUCGUUCAUUUUUAUUUAAAUUCACGUAUUGUAUUUAACUUUUUGUAGAAUUCUUUUUUUUUUUUUUUACGUUUCUGGAUCAACAAGUUGGAAAAUAUAAUUUAAUAUUUAUUCAUUUGUUUUUAUCCAUUUUAUUUAGCUGUGAUGUCACUUUUUCGACAAAUGCACUACGAUGUAUUUCACUGGAAAGAAUCAAGAGAAAUAAAGCAUUUCGUUUUCGA